UUUUUGUAUAGCGUUAGUCCUAGACUCACAUUGCACAUUUGCCAUUUUCUUGAUCAUUAAAUUAAUUGUGCGAUAGCUAUUGCUAGGCUAGCGCAAGCAAUAUAAGUUUGUCGUUACCGAGCUCAGUUAAUCAACGUUAGCUACAGUAAUGCUAGCCAACUUAGACUAGCUACCAUACCUGGGACUUGGUUGGUAGCCUGCGCUAGACCUAGCUGUCUUUUGGUAGAUUCUGUAGCCAGCCAGCUAACGUAGUUGGUUGUCAGAUGUCGAAUAACGCUAGUCUAGUUGACUAAAAUCAGACACAGCGUUAUAGACUAUACUACUGAAUCAUUUGUCUAUCUUUUAGUUAAGGUUAGACAACUGUAUCGAGAGCUAGCUAACUGGCUACAUCAGCUGGUAACUGUGUAGCUUGCUACCGUUUGCUGCUUAGACUAACAAAAAAUCUAUCGUUAACUACCGCUUGGAUUCGCAAGCUAUGUGGUGGUAGUCAAACGUUGUUAGUUCACUAGCCUAGCCUGAAACAGUAGCUGUUAGAGAUACAUCUAACGCUAUCUAUCUGAGCUAGUGAUCUACAGUCCAACGCUGUCCUGUUAACCUGGCUAGUUAACUCUUGCUGUCACCACAGCUAUUAAAUUAAUAUUUAUUUGGGAAUGCACAAAUAUUCCUUUAGGAGUUUAUAUUUAUAUAGGCAACAAUCAGACGUAGUAAAUAACGUGUUGACGUGUAGGACAUAGUAGCGAACCUGCUAGUAUAACUUGCAAUCGCUGCGAGGUCAUAAUUAAUAAGAUUGAGUUUUGACAGAUUAAUUUACAGCUUGAUUUUUAGUUAAUCCUAGCUAUUUGCAGUUCAUUGUUGUUUGGUGGCAUGUUCGAUUCACGGAAGGAUGGAUAGAAUAUUAUUCUAUAGUUGGCGUGAAUGGCUGAGCCUUGGGGGGUGAGGACUCCAGUCUGAGGGGGGACAGAGAGGUGAAAAGGGCACAGCGGUUCGGAGCAGUCGGUGGUGCUCAAGAAGAAAUGGACCAGGACUACGAGAGACGCCUUUUAAGGCAAAUCAAUCAUCAGAAUCUGUCAGAACGCCGACUAGCCAAAUCAGGGUGUGCAAGUUCCAGUCCAUUAAGUGUUAAGUCAGGAGACCGCUUCAUACCCACCCGUGCUGGCAGCAACUGGAGCGUUAACUUCCACUGCGCUAAUGAGAACUGCAGAUCUCCAAACCAGAACCACAAGGCUAAGGAAGCUGGCUCGGACACAGGAAAAGAUGCUGUGGCGUAUGCUGCCCUGCUGAGGAAUGAACUGCUGGGGGCCGGCAUCGAGGCUGUGGCAGACCCACACGCGGAUGGCCGCAGACAGGCCCUCCCAGCCGAGGGCACGCACAGCCUCUUCAGGUACACCAUCCACACAAAGAGAGUGCCUUGUGACAGUGGGAACGAAGUCUCGCCCUACUCCCUGUCUCCACUCAGCAACAAGAGUCACAAACUCCUCCGCUCUCCCCGCAAGCCGGCCCGAAAGAUCUCCAAGAUCCCGUUCAAGGUGCUGGAUGCACCGGAGCUGCAGGACGACUUUUACCUCAACCUGGUGGACUGGUCCGCGGGGAACCUGCUGAGUGUGGGGCUGGGGGCCUGCGUGUACCUGUGGAGUGCCUGCACCAGCCAGGUGACAAGACUGUGUGACCUUUCGGUGGACGGAGAUUCAGUGACGUCAGUGUGCUGGAAUGACAGGGGAAGUCUGGUGGCAGUGGGGACCCAUAAAGGCUAUGUCCAAAUUUGGGACGCCGCAGGGGGGAGGAAGCUAACCAGCCUGGAGGGUCAUUCUGCUCGUGUUGGUGCCCUGGCCUGGAAUGGGGACCAGCUGUCCUCCGGCAGUCGGGACCGGGUGAUCCUGCAGAGGGACGUGCGCACACCCCCGCCCGCCGAGAGGCGGCUACAGGGACACCGGCAGGAAGUGUGCGGCCUCAAGUGGUCACCUGACCACCAGCACCUCGCCUCGGGAGGAAACGACAACAAGCUUCUGGUGUGGAACAGCUCCAGCCUGCUCCCGGUGCAGCAGUACAGCGACCACCUGGCCGCGGUGAAGGCCAUCGCCUGGUCCCCGCACCAGCACGGGCUCCUGGCCUCCGGGGGCGGCACCGCGGACCGCUGCCUCCGCUUCUGGAACACCCUGACCGGGCAGGCCCUGCAGAGCACCGACACCGGGUCGCAGGUGUGCAACCUGGCCUGGUCCAAACACGCCAACGAACUGGUCAGUACGCACGGCUACUCUCAGAACCAGAUCCUGGUGUGGAAGUAUCCGUCCCUGACGCAGGUGGCCAAACUGACAGGGCACUCGUACAGAGUGCUUUACCUGGCGGUAUCUCCAGACGGCGAGGCCAUUGUCACGGGAGCGGGCGACGAAACUUUGAGGUUCUGGAACGUCUUCAGUAAAACGCGCUGCACCAAGGAGUCCAAGUCAGUGCUGAACCUUUUUACCAGGAUACGAUAGUGAAAGAGACACUGGGGAAGAGCAGUGAAGCACCAUCCCCCAGUGGCUGGGAAACAGACUUUAUCCCCUUGGGAGUUCAGCACAAGUCACCAACCGCUGCUGAAUGGAUUCCCCAGAGAACUCUGUGACUUUGAGCUUUUAUACUACGGACAGUCAACCAUGGACAUGCCUAUUUUUCAGUAUGCAACGUGCUGUCGAUAUUAAAACUAGAGGAAGGACUCUUGUGAAAUGGAAA